UGUGUUCGGUUGGGACCAUGUGACCCAGGGCUUGGUCCAAUUGGGCUUCAUCCUGAUGGACGCCUUUGGGCCAAAGGCGGGGCCAUUUGGACGGGUAGCAGACGGAGGCAGCUCAUUGGCUAAGAGCCCCACACAGCUGGCCUGUCAACUCGGCGGACAGAUACUCCUGGAGGGGUUUAAGAUGCAUGAGCAGAUCAGAGGGGAGAUCCUGGAGCAGGUGCUGAACAGGCUCGUUACCAAGACGGCCUCUCCUGUCACACACUUCAUUGACCUGCUGUCGAGCAUGGUGACGUCCGCUCCCAUGGUCCUCCUGGAGUCAUCGUCUAAAGUGAUCGCCACCUUUGACCAGCUGUCCUUCCUGCCCCUCAGCACUGUGGAGGGACUACUCAAGGCUGUACAG